AUGAUUUAAAAAAUUGAUCAAUUAUUGAUUGAAUUAUAGGAAGAGACAAGUAAUAACAUUACAUUAGGUAACGCUCUCAUCCUUUUUCGUAAAGGUUUACAUUCAAAUUCUCAUUUUGAAUAAGCAGAGUGUUACACAAAAACAAUAAUACUUCUAACUUCUCUUGGAAAAGUUAACAAGAAUAUAGAAAAAUUUUUAGAUAAAUGUUAAUAAUGUUUAGAUUAAUGCUAAAUGAAUCCUUAUAGAUUAAAUGAUUGUAAAAUUACUCUAAAUGAAUCUCUUGAAUAAAUUCAUCAUAUUGAUAAAUUAGAAAAUAAGGUGAGUAAUAAAAAUAUUGUAGGUGAGUUUUUUAAUCAAAAGAUGGAAUAUAUUACUUGUAAAGGGAGGACUUAUUACAUAAUAUGUAAUGUUUAAACCAAAAAUAUUUAUUUCAGAACCGGAGCAUAAAUACAAGGCAGCUCUAUUCAAAAAUGCUGUUGCUGCAAUUGAUAAAGUGUGUCAUAUUAAUAUCUAUAGAUGACAGUUUUAUAUAAAUUUACACCAGAGGCAGAAAUAGGAUCGUUAUCUUAAGAGUUGAAGGAACAAUUCAUGCUUGUUUAUAAGGAUUACUUAAAACAAAAAAGUAAGGUUAAUGAUGAUUUAUUGUACUGGUUACAGAUGUUUUUUAAAAGCGCAUUCUCCUUAAAUGAAUUGAUUAUAGAAAGAAGUUCGAGAAUAGACAAACAAACAAAAUUAUAGAUUUAUAAUUAUUUAUAAAAGCUUAUGGAAAUAUGUUUAUUAGAGAUCAUCUAAUAAAUUAAGAACAAUUUAAAAAAAGUAAAAGUAUCUCAGCCAUCCUGA